CUUUGAUAUUGGAUGCGGGUGAUGUGUGCAGUGAAGGCGGAAGCUGUGAGCUUUGCUGAAACCAUUUGUGAAACGUAAAAUGGAGAACGGAAGACCAAGACCUUGGCUUGAUUUGCUAAGUAACGACCCGAAACCCACUGGAGCACCUGAAACUUCUGCCGAAAGGGACUUGAAUGCAGUUGCAGAACCAUAUGUUGGUAUGGAAUUUGACUCUGAAGAUGCUGCCAAGGAUUUUUAUAGUGAAUAUGCAAGGCAUGUAGGGUUCAUCAUGCGUAUAGAUCAGUGUCGGCGAUCAGAUGUUGACAAGAGAAUUCUUUCCCGUAGGCUCUCCUGCAAUAAGCAAGGGCGUUAUGUAAAACCUAGAGAUCAAGUCCGGCCAGUUCGGAGACCACGACCUAGCACAAGAGAAGGGUGUAAAGCAAUGAUGCUGGUCAAAGUUAAUAAAUCUGGAAAAUGGGUUGUUACAAGAGUUGUUAAGGACCAUACUCAUCCGCUUAUAGUUUCUUCUGGGAUUUCUAUGGAUGAAAGGGAUAUGAAGAUUGAGCAACUCACUAUGGAGCUGGAGCGUGAAGAUCAGUUAUGUGAACUAUAUCAUGGGCUACUACUUACAUUGCUGGAUAAUGUUGAGGAGCAAACAGAACUGAUAUCCAUGAAAGUUAGCGGAAUCGUUAACGAUGUAAGAGAAUUUGAGACUGAAGUUGAAAGACUUCCACAAAAUGAACUGGACGACAAUUAAAGAAAGAAGUAUGGCUCUGUGCAUAUUAGUGGUAUGAGGAUGGAUUCAACUAAUGUUUCUCCUUUUGAGAGUAUUUUGACAGAUUAACAUACAGUAUAGAUGAGUGAGCUUGGCCCAUUUAUACCACAAGCAAUCUCAGAAAAUGUCUUGAAUUGAACAUGAAUAAUUUAGUGAACGGAAUACCUAUAAGGCAAACAAUUGCUUUGCCCUCCCACUGGCCAGGGUGG